AUGUUUGACUGGGCAAAAGAUGUAAAUCUCUUUGGUAGAAAAUUAGCUUUGCAUGCUUUACAUGAAAAAAUUAACCUUAAAAAGGUAAAGGAAUUAGGUCUCUCUCCUGAGGACAAUGCUGUUUACAAACUCCUCACUGAUCUAUAUUCGGAGCAAGAAACAUCUAAUUCUCUCACCAAUUUUAAACCACCAAGUUGGUUUACUCCGAAUUUAAAGGAAUUUCCUUAUAUUGAUUUAUUUGUUCAGAUUUGUACAAAUGAAUUAGAAGGUCAAAUUCCUCAACAGUCAUACAUUCCCAAUCUAAAAAUAGAACGACAAGCAUUACAAGAAUUGUGCUCAGCAUCUGAGGUCAUAAUUAAAUCCUCCGAUAAAGGAGGAAACAUUGUCCUCAUGCAGAGGGACCAGUACAUAAACAUGUGUAUGCAACACUUAACAGAUGAAAGUGCUUAUCAGAUACUAAAAGCUGACCCUACCAAAAAGUUCCUCAUGGAACUACAGUCACUAGCACAGGGAGCCUUAACAGAUAAUACAAUCACUCAAAAUGAAUAUAGAUUUAUUGUGUCUUAG